AUGGGUCAGCAGCAGUUAAAGACACUGGGAUAUGGAAGCUGGAGUGAACUGGCAAAAGCACUGGGAGACCAAAACAAACCGAGAGUCGAUCCAAGUCUUAAGUUCUAUUUGCCUGUAAAGACAAACAUUCAGGGGCAUUUGAAUAACAAAAACUGUUGCAUUUUCAUAUGUUUGCAGUUCCAAGGUCAAGUAAAUCUUCAUGUUUUUGAAGACUGGUGUGGUGCAUCUAUUGAACAAUUGAGGAGAAAUCUUCACUUUCCUUUGUAUCCUCAUACACGGACUACUUUGAAGAAGCUAGCAGUAUCACCCAAAUGGAGAAACUAUGGAUUACGGAUAUUUGGUUACCUGCAUCCAUACAAGGAUGGUAUGUUUCAGUUUGCGAUUGGGGCUGAUGACAAUGCCGAGUUUUGGCUGAGCCAAGGAAAAAACAUCUCAGAGCUUCAACUGAUGGCCAAUGUAGGCAAGACUGGAAAAGAGUGGACAGCACCAGGUGAAUUUGGGAAAUUCAAGAGCCAAAAGUCAAGGCUCGUGAAAUUGUCAGCUGCAAACAAAUAUUACUUUGAAAUUCUGCACAAGCAGGAUGACAAAGGAACAGAUCAUGUGGAAGUUGCAAGAAAGCAUCUUAUUUCUGAUAUAGUGUGUUAUCAGUUAUUAGUAACAGCAAUUUCACAUAUCAACAAUGAUUCUGGUAGUCAAAAUGCUCAAACCACCUUAAAUGCCUCUAGGUUUGGAUUUUCUAAAUACAUGCAGAUGGAUCCACCAGAAGAUGAAUCAAAAAUACAAGCUUAUGAAGAGGACAGUUUUGAUGAACCUCAAUAUGCAGAUCCAGAAACAGCAAAGAUAAAGCCUGAAAAAGUCCACCUGGCAACUGAUCGCUAUAACAAUGUUUAUGCCAAUUCGGUUCAGAAACAUCGGAAUAUCUUGUCAGUUACCCAAAACAGGCAGAAGACAGAUGAGAAGAGAGACAAAACCAAAGCAGAAAGUCAUUCUACCACAAGGACCUCCCAUCUGAUAUUCAGCACAAACUUUCAAAACCUUCCCGAUCAGGACAGGAAUGUCCGCAGAUCAACAACCAAAAGGAAAGUAGGAGGCAAGGAUUUGCAGACUGACAAAAGACCCGAGGUGACUAAGGAACGUGGGAAUUCAACAAGAGAAGCCAGUCAAGCUCAGUUAGGCUUCAAUGCAACCAGAAACCAGAAAGUGUCAUUGAAUACCAGCAAAAUUGGAAGGGAUCCCCAAAAAGUUGAAGAGGAAACUGGCAAGAGAACCCCCCGAGAGCAGCCUAUGCAUGAAAACCAAUGGCUUAAGCAAGUGGAUUCCUACAUAGCCCGACAUAAAGCCGCAGAUGCCGCUAACGUCAUUAUCGAUAGGAGAGAUUUAGAUUCCAAGCAGCAAGUGAGGACUGAUUCUUCCCACCAAGCAACCCACAAGGAAGAGCAUGUUACAAUGGUGGAAGAAGAAAAUGAAGAGGAAGAAGAAGCAGAAGAAAACGAUGAUGACUUAUUCGCUGCUCCUCCUCUUUUCUAUGACCCAGUAGUAAAUUGGAAGCAGACUUUCAAGGCCAGAAAUGUAGACUUCCAAGCUCUACGGUCAGACCGGAUUGAUUUGAAGUGUAACACUUCUGGGAACCUGCUCUUACAAGAGAAGGAGGCCGGCAUGGUUGUUCAAGUAUUCCUUAAAAAGCUGAACCAGAAGACCAAAGGGCGGUUCCAGUUAGAGCGCAUUGUGAAUGUGGAGAAGCGUCAAGACUACCUAAGGGGCAGCCGUUACUUUCUGGAGCUGGAACUGUUGGAGCAGGGAAAACGCCGAGUCCGGUUCUCAGAAUACGUCUACGCACGUGGCUGGCAUGGGGGCAGCAGCAGAGAGGAGGAAGCCAAUAUGAAGGAGUUGGCGUGGGGCCACCGACGUCACCUGAUGACCAGCAAGGAUGAGCCUGUGCUCUGCUGGCCGUUAAGCUUCUUAUGGAACCCCCGUGCGGUUGUCCACUUUAUAGUGCCCGUGAAAAAUCAGGCCCGCUGGGUGAAGCAGUUCAUUUUUGACAUGGAGGAGUUAUUUAGGAUUACUAAGGACCCCUAUUUCAAUGUCAUCAUCGUAGACUACAGCAGUGAUGACAUGAAUAUAGAAAAAGCUCUGAAACAGUCAAGCUUGCAUAGCUACCAAUACUUGCGAUUGUCUGGGAAUUUUGAGAGGUCUAAAGGUCUGCAGGCUGGCAUAGACAAAGUCAAGGAUUCUCACAGCAUCAUUUUUCUUUGUGAUCUGCACAUCCACUUCCCAGCAGAGAUCAUUGACUCUGUUCGGAAGCACUGCGUGGAAGGGAAAAUGGCCUUUGCACCCAUUGUUAUGAGGCUGAAGUGUGGUGCCACUCCACAACAGCCAGAUGGCUACUGGGAAAUUAAUGGUUUUGGUCUCCUGGGCAUAUAUAAAUCUGAUUUGGUUCGUAUCGGCGGAAUGAACACGCAAGAAUUCCGUGACAAAUGGGGCGGGGAAGACUGGGAACUCUUGGACAGGAUAUUUCAGGCAGGCCUGGAGGUAGAGCGGCUUUAUAUCAGGAAUUUCUUCCAUCACUACCAUUCCAGGAGGGGCAUGUGGAAUCGACGUGUGCUACAGAUCUGA